CUAAAAUCCACGAAGAAGAGAGGAAGUAACGUAACUUCCGUUGACGGUGGCUUUUUGUACGUCCGGCGCGAAGAACUUUAUUUUGGAAGAACGAUAAACAGAUAUUCCUGAUGAGUACAGCAGUGGAAAGUGGAGAAAUUAUCAUCCUCAGUGAUGAUGAAGAGCCUGAAAAUGAGGCCUCGGUUUUCAUCGUGGAGGUGGAAGAUGAGAAGAAGAAUGACUCUUUAUUGUCAACCAGCGCUCUGGAUGAAGACCUGGUUGUCACUUUCUCUCGUCAAGCUGAUGUGCUUCCUCAUGCGCGAUACGACUGUCCUGUACAUCCGUUCACGGCUACAGAUUAUGAGAUGAAUGCUCCUGUAGAAGGAAACCAACUCAUCUGCGAACAGUGUUUCUGCUACAUCUGUGACAAGCCAGCAUCAUCAUGUGAAUUGUGGUGUUACAGCGGUAUGUGUCACUGCAACAGCCACAAGAAGAGUGUCUUCUGGACCAAUCUCAGAAACUGCUCUCUACUUGGAGGCCUGAAGGCGUUCAACUUCACUCUGUCUGAAAUAGUUCCCUGCCUCCGACAAGCAGAAAAUAUGCUGCAGUGCUUCAGAGCAGAACUUUCUGCUAAGUUCUCCUCCUUCUUGAAUGGAAAGACAGCAAAAGAAUAUGGUCUGAACCAGGAGGGACGGGUGCACGAUUAUACGCCCGUGUACCAGUUUGUGUCAUCAUUCCUAAAUCAAGCGGACAAACAGGAAGCCAGAGCUGCGGCUGUCAUGAGACUGGGUGCUGCUGAGGACUUUAUGCGACAUUUUCCAGUCCCUGGGGAUAUGAUCUUUCUGUCUCCUAUGGGUAACACUGCUGAGGCCAAAAGGGUCUUACUACAGAGGGUCAUUUCCUCAGUUCAGAGGCAGAUGGUCAUGAUUUUUACGCCACAAUUCAACCAAAAACUGCAGGAUUUUUACAAGAGAAUCUCUUUCCCCCCUGAGAUGAAGAACAUGAAGAACAGCCUGAGUGUUCGUCCCUGGGAUGACGUCCUGCUGGUGUCUGUGCUGAAAGGACAGAAUGUCUCAGGUGUCCGCAAGGACAAAGGGAAGAAAGACGUCCUGAAUGAACAGAUGUCUGUUGUCCUGCUGAGGGCAGAGUUUCUACAGCAGCAGCGCAGGUACAGAGAGUUGUAUCGCUACCUCCGAGUCGUCCAGACCGAUGAUGCCAAUCUUUUCCAGCAGCUCCAAGACCUCAUCCCGUUCUUCAUGUGCAUGGAUGGAGACCUCACCUCAGCUCUGCAUGGUUUGCUGUUGGGCCACAUUUCCCGCUUCACUCCAGACCUUUUCCUUUUGUACCUCCGCAUCUUCGAGACGGCAUCUGCACCAAUCCAGAUGGUCAGUCAGCCUGCACAGCUCUGCUCUCCCCAAGCAGUUUGGAAAUCGAUUAAAGGUGCUGUACCUCUGAAGCGUGCUGAUCUCGUAAGAUUUGCUCUCAGGGUUCAGAGAUGCAAUGCUGCCGUUUUCACUGAUUCUCAGUGUUGGACUCAUUUGCUCACAGUCGUUAACUCGCCCUGUGGAUCCUCGUCCGGUCUCCCAGAACCCACCCCACAGUAUCUACACGAAUCAAAGGGGUUUGUGAAUUCAAUACUACUCGAUCAGUCUGCGGCCAACAUACAGAUCCCACGAUAUUUUCAGGAGGUGUAUCCAGAUCAGGCCUUGUUGCUGCUGGUGACAGGGGCGUUGUACUUGAGAAUCCUUAACGCUGCUUUGAUUCCAGUGCUCCCUGUGCUCAACACUUUUAAGAAUAAUGGGUGGGCUCUCCGGUGGUUGUGGGAGAGUCUGUCCUCCACUUCAGAUCGCUUCAACUCCUUCUUACAGGAGAUCACACAGGAAGUGGAAAACACAACAGAUGGAAUGUCGUUAGUCUUCGUGCGCUCCAUCAUAGUAUCCACAGUGUCAUCUUCAGAGCAGUUCUGGCACCAGUCGUGGACUGGCUGUUGACCUGCACACUGGCUCCAUCACCACUUGCUUCUAGCUGGAUCUCAUCGCUAAUGGAGAUGGAUCGGUGGAUGUCCUGAAACAAUUUGCACUCGCUCCAGUUGACAGUGAUGAGGAAACUGAAGUGACAGUAAUGUGUGAGCAUAAGACAACCGAUGACACCAGUUCAUUGCACACUGCCGAGACUCUAAACACAUUAUGUUUUUUUUUUCAACUAUACAGACACUUUAUAAUGCUGUCUCAUUGCUUCAUCGUCUGCUGAAGGUCUUACUGUUAAAUUUUUAAACCCUUUUUUUGGACAGCAACGAUCAUUUAGAAUAUUUUUCCAUAUAGUCACUUCUAUUACAAUGUUUAUUAUGUAACAGAAGACGACAAAUAAAACAUUCAAUGGUUCUGUAAAUUAGACAUUUGUGUUUGUGGUGGCUUUAAUGUCCCAGAGACGCAGAAAUAAUUUUUAAUUGAAGCGGGGUAUACAGUACGUGCAUUGAAAUGGGCUCAUAAAUGUAUUAAAACUGAAAUCCAGUGUCAAACAGCAGGAGACUGUUGCUCUGUCAUUUAUUAACCGUGGUUCAUAGUUUUGAUUCCUAAAGCAAUAGUGAGGCUCAAACAGUUAAAGCUGCAACAAUUAACUGGUGAUCUGAUA